AUGGCACUAACUCUAAAUAUCUCCUUGUCUAAUAAACCACAAAAAUUAUCACUACCUAAUCAGUGGACUCUUCCGAUCACCAUUUUGGUAUUCGUAUGUAAUCGUCCGAAAGCUAUUAAAAAUCAUCUACAAAAAUUACUCAGGUAUCGACCUUCAGUUGAAAAGUUUCCUAUAAUUGUGAGUCAAGACUGUGAUGAUGAGAAUGUAAAAGAAACUAUUAAAAAAUUUGGUACCGAUGUUAAUUAUAUUAAGCAUACCAGUAGCCAAAAGGCCCGAAUCACAGUCUUGCCAGGACAUCAACGAUUUGUAACAUAUUAUCGAAUAGCAAGACAUUAUAAACUUGGUUUAUCCUAUGUGUUUGAUAAACUGAAUUCUUCUACUGUUAUCAUUACAGAAGAUGAUUUGGAUAUAGCACCUGAUUUCUUCGAAUACUUUAGCGCUACACGUCAUUUAUUAGAUUUGGAUGAAACAUUGUAUUGUGUAUCUGCAUGGAAUGAUAAUGGUAAAUCAUAUUUAAUUGACAUGAAACAACGUGAACUAUUAUAUCGCAGUGAUUUCUUUCCUGGACUUGGAUGGAUGAUGACGAGGUCAAGAUUAUGUUCAGUUAUUGCUUAAUU